AUCAUUUAACCAAAUUCUGAUUUGUUUGACAGUGCCUCCCCCUCUCCCUUCACCAAAAAAGAAAUUUGUCUACGCUGCACUUUUGAACGUCGCUAAUAGUCUACAUAAUAUAUCAAAACGUUUUUUGAUACUACUUGGAAAGCUGCAAAGUGAGUUUAAGUGACUGAUGUUUUGUAAUGGUACAAUGCAACAAAAUGAAUAAUUUAUAUGCAUUGUCCAGCUUAUUACUUGUUCCUUCUUUUGUGUGCGCUAUCUUAUUACUGCUUGCAAGCCAUAUGAAUCGAAUAUGAAUGCAAAAGAAUAAUGGAAGAGUCAAAGAACAAGGGAAGUCAAUCGUGGAAAAAGGUUAAUGACUCGUCAAGACAUCCAUAUCAUGUAAAUAAAAAACUCUUGGUGUCAAAAAUAUUUUAUUUCUUCUACUGGGGUGCUGUGGGAUCAUUUCUACCGUUGUUAGGAGUCUAUUUUAAACAGCUUGGAAUGAGCCCAAGUCAAAGUGGGACAUUAGUCGGCUGUAGACCUAUGGUUGAGUUUAUAAGUGCACCAACGCUGGGAUCAUUGGCUGAUAAACUUGACAAAAGAAAGACUUUAUUGUUAUUUUCUCUCAUUUCGUGGAUUUCUUUUACAUUCUCAUUUGCAUUCAUAAAACCCGCUCCUGUUUCGUGCAAAAAGUAUUUCCUGUUGACAAAGAAUGUGUCAGAAAUUUCAAAACAUGCCACUGUAGAGCUAAGAGAUUUUCUUGGUCCAAGGACGGCAGAAAAAUCGAUGCCUCCAGAGCCAAAAGCAAAGAAUUCUCUCGUGUUCAGUCCAAACGGUGUGCAUCAAGUGUUCCUUGUAUUAUUGUUUCUCACAGUCAUAGGAGAGUUCUUUUCUGCUCCUGCUAUAACGCUUGCUGACUCUGCAACAUUACAAUUACUUGGGAACGAGAAAGAUAAGUACGGGAGACAAAGAAUGUGGGGAAGUUUGGGUUGGGGAUCGGCCAUGUUUACCCUUGGCUUUAUUAUCGACAAAAUGAAAGGUUAUGAAGUCUGCGGCGAAGUUGUCAGUAGCAACUAUACACCAGCAUUUUAUUGUUUCUUCGUCUUUAUGUCCUUUGCUCUACUUGUAGCCACCCGUUUCUUCUUCAUUCCAAAAGAACAGCAAGUUCAAUAUGGUUCUGGUGGCGGAUUGCAGCUUUUACAAGUCCUUCUAACUUUACGUUAUCUCUCGUUUUUAAUUGUUGCAUUUUUCAUGGGAUGUGGCUAUGGACUUAUAGCAACGUUUUUAUAUUGGCAUCUUGAGGACCUAGGUGGACCACCUACAUUAUUUGGAAUUGCGUCAUUGCUGGAGCAUAUUUCUGAAAUCAUUUGCUAUUUUCAAGUGGAAUAUUUAAUUCAAAAAAUUGGUCACGUGCCAGUGCUGUAUCUAGGUUUGAUAGGAAAUGCUGUACGUUUUAUAUUUAUUUCCUUGCUAUCAAAUCCCUGGCAUGUACUACCAUUAGAAAUUCUUCAAGGCAUUACUCAUGCUGCAGUUUGGGCAUCUUGCACAAGUUACAUUGGAAAAACAGCCCCACCAGAUUAUGCAACAUCAGCACAAGGUGUACUGCAAGGUUUAUACCAUGGACUUGGACGAGCAAGUGGGGCAAUGCUUGGUGGCUUGUUAAUACAUAUCUACAAUACCGAUGUCGUUUUCAGAUGGUAUGGUAUUGCCUGUUGCAUUGUUUUUGUAGUUUAUGUUAUCAUCAAUGUUAUCAUUGGUAAAAAGCCAUCGACAUUAUCCAGUAAAAGGAAAGUUUCGCCUACAACCUCCCCAGUUUCUGCCCCUGUUUAUAACAUCAGAUAUGAGUUUGUUCAAGAUAACGUUUGUAAACAAAAGAAAGAAGGCGUUGUUCAUGACAUUAUGGCUCAACAAAGGCGACCCGAUUCCACUCAUAAAUGACUCUGAGUCGUAGUGGUUGUGCUACAAGGAAUAGUUUAAUCUUUUGUUUCACUUAUGUUAAAAUAUGUCGGUCAAUAUUUUGAUUGAAAAAUAUCAACCCUUCAAACUUAAAGAUCAGCAGAAACUCAAAAGAGUUAACAAGAAUGAAGCAUUUUUGAUAGAACUAAAUUAUUCACAAUUGACGAUUUAAAUCAAUUACAAUAAAAUCACAAAGUAUUUAAUAAUUUUCUUUAAAAAAAAUUUUGUCGCUUAACACGUUUUGCACAUGCA